GACAACACAUGCUUUUGAUGAUCUACAAAUCAACAUUUUCCUCGGCGCUUUAUGUCGCAAAAGAAAAAGCAAAAUUGAACAGAAUAAAUGCAUAUGGUUCCCCAACUUUAAUCACCGACGCUGAUGGAUCCUGACAAUGUGAAAAAUGUUAAUUUAUUGACCACAAGAUCUAGAUCUCUUUGUCAUACUAGAGCAAAAAACUUGGCCAUAGACUUGUAAGGAAAACACGUAGAACUAAGUUGAAAACGAUGGAAAGUUCUCCAUUAUCGGAGCAUAAUGGCAUACUUGGAAUUAACAAACAUGAAACCAAAGAUCAAGAAUCCAAUUAUCUAUUAUCUGACGAUGAGGCUAAGGAUAAAAUCUUGGCCAUUGAAAUCGAGAAAGCGGACACAGGUGAUGUUCCAGGGGUGGUCCCACCAUUUUCCUGGAGGAAGCUAUGGGAGUUUGCAGGGCCAGGUUUUUUAAUGAGCGUUGCGUUUCUCGAUCCAGGUAAUUUGGAAGGUGAUUUGCAGGCCGGAGCCAUUGCCGGGUACUCACUGUUAUGGUUGCUUAUGUGGUCCACUUUUAUGGGUUUGCUCAUUCAGCUCUUGUCCUUGAGAUUGGGUGUUGCUACGGGCAGGCACUUGGCUGAGAUCUGCCGGGAGGAAUAUCCUAAUUGGGCUAGGAUUUUGCUUUGGUUAAUGGCGGAGGUGGCCUUGAUUGGAGCUGAUAUUCAGGAAGUUAUCGGAAGUGCUAUUGCUAUUAAGAUACUUAGUCGUGGGGUUAUCCCUCUUUGGGGUGGUGUCCUCAUUACUGCUUCAGAUUGCUUCAUCUUCUUAUUCCUGGAAAAUUAUGGAGUUAGGAAACUAGAAGCAUUUUUCGCCGUUCUAAUUUCCACUAUGGCAUUAUCAUUUGCCUGGAUGUUUGCUGACACUAGGCCUAGUAGCAAGGAACUCAUAAUAGGUCUUUUGCUACCUAGACUCAGCUCAAAGACAGUUCAGAAAGCUGUUGGAGUUGUCGGCUGUGUUAUAACUCCUCACAACGUAUUUUUGUACUCCGCUUUGGUGCAGUCAAGGAAAAUUGAUCCCAAAAAGAAAGAAAAAGUGCAAGAGGCACUAAACUACUAUACAGUCGAGUCUUCAUUUGCUGUUUUUAUUUCGUUCUCUAUCAAUUUGAUGGUAACAGCUGUGUUCGCUAAGGGAUUUUAUGGAACUCCACGAGCUGAUACUAUAGGCCUAGUAAAUGCAGGGCAAUAUCUUCAAGAAAGGUACGGUGGAGGGUUAUUCCCAAUUCUCUACAUAUGGGGCAUAGGCCUUUUGGCAGCCGGACAAAGUAGCACGAUGACAGGUACUUAUGCUGGACAGUUUAUAAUGGGAGGUUUUCUGAAUCUGCGGAUGAAGAAAUGGAUAAGGUCAGUGAUUACAAGGAGUUGUGCCAUUGUGCCAACCAUAAUUGUGGCCAUCUAUUUCAACAGAUCGGAAGAUUCACUGGAUGUUCUGAACGAAUGGUUGAAUGUGCUUCAAGGCAUGCAGAUCCCAUUUGCUAUCAUCCCACUUAUAACAUUAGUGUCAAAUGAGCAGAUCAUGGGAGUCUUCAAGAUUGGGAAGCUUAUGGAGAGAACUGUGUGGACAGUAGCCUCCCUGGUAAUAAUGAUCAAUGGAUAUGUCAUGUUGAGCUUCUUCCUUUCUGAAGUUAAUGGCCUGCUGUUUGGUUUUGUGGUUUGCAUGUUAGCUUCAGCAUACGUGGUUUUUCUUGUUUAUCUCAUUUCCCGGCGUCACAACCAGGCAGAGUUGAAUGGCUUUACUCACCUUACAAAUUGAGCUAUCAGCUUUAUGAAAAUUUUGAAAUAUUAGGAAAUGACAGAGCAGGAGAAUACAUUUGUAAAGGAGAGUUCUUGAUUGUGAUAACAGCCCUUAGGAGUACAGAAGCUAGAAUUGAAAUUCUAGCAAUUUGGCACUAGAGAGAGCUAUGACAAAAGCUGAAUGAGACAUGUAUCACAAGCAGAUAAUCUCUCUCACAUUGACUUCACCACCAGUGGCGAAGGAAGGAUUUUCACCAAGGAGGUUCAUCCUCUACUAUAUAUACAUAAAAAAUUCAUCUUAUACCAUAUAAUGUUGAUUAUCCGGCAAAGGGGUCGGGAAGAACCCUUCCCCCCCCCCCCCUCAAGCUCCUCCCCUUCUAACACUGUUGUUCCCUCCAUUCCAAGAAUGAUAAUUUUGGAAAGAGCUUCAAGGAACAAAUGUCAUAGGAAAAUGUAUGUCUUGUUUUCAGCUUUUAUCAUCAUCAUGUAAUUCUCAAAUAUAAAAUGUAGAUAUUGACCUAUCCUUUUGUCAUGGAUAAGGUGAAAUAUUUCGCUAAUUAACUUCCUGCUCUCUCUAGUCUUUCAAUUUCAUUCCACCUCUUCCUCUGCUGUG